AUGAAAACAAAUAUUACUAGCCGUACCUUCCCCACGUCCUCGACUUGCCUUUUCGUUCUGACGCGUCCACUGCCCUCACCAACCCGGGGAAUCAAAGUCUUUAAUGUCUCCGAAGUGACAAAAAUAAUACUUCAUCCUUUCUUUCAGCCGCUCAUAUCCAUGUCACAUGAUCACAAAACAAUUAUUUAUUCAAUGGCUUCACUUGUUUGCUUUUCUUUCUUUCUUUCUUUUAAACAUUUCUUUCCUUCCCGCAACCAUUUUCCUUUCUUUCUUUCUUUCUUUCUUUCAAAUAUUCAUUUCUUUCUUUCUUCCAUUUUCUUUCUAAUGGUUGUUUCUUUUUUUCUUUCUUCAUUUUAUCUUUCUUGUACUUUCUUUUUUCUUUCUUUUUUCUUUCUUUCUUUUACGCGAUACCUUCUCUCAUUCUUCCUAUCUUUUUUCUUUCUUUCUUUUUUAGUAUUGCUUAUUUAUUUAUUUCUAUUAAAUAGUAGCUUUCGUUUUUUUCUUCUUCAUUUUAUAGUUCUUUAUACUUUCCAUUCUCUCUCUCCCACUCUUUUCUUUCCUUCUGUUACUUUGUUCUUUCUUUCUCUCUUUUAUGAUUGCUAUCCUUUUAGUCUCCGUUUUAUUCUUUCUUGUAGUCCUUUCUUUUUUUUUUUUGUAGUAUCUAGCAUUUUCUUUUUUUUCAUUUUUAUUAUUUUUUUCUUGUUUGAUCAUUCUUUCUUUCUUUCUUUCUUUCUUUGUAGUACUCAUUUGUUUGUUUUCUGUCUUGAUUUCUUUUUACCUUUCUUUCUUUCAUUUUUCUUUCCUUCUGUCCAGAUUUUCUUGACUAUUUUCUUAACUAUAUUAUUUUUAUUCUAUCACAUUUGCUACACGUCUUUCUUUCUUUUUUCCGAAAUUAUUUUCCAUAAUUUAUUGUUUUACAUUUUCUUUCUCUUUUCCUCUAUUUCAGUGAAUCUUCAGUACACUUACUUUCUUUCUUUCUUUCUUUCUUUCCGAAAUUAUUUUUUAUUCAGAUUUUUUAGUAUUUUCUUUCUUUCAUUCUUUCUUUCUUGUCUAGAUUUUCUUAGCUAUUUUCUUUAUUUCUUUUAUUCAGAUUUUCUUAGCUAUUUUCUUAUUUCCUUUUCUUCCUUUACUUUCAUUCUUUAUCGCUUUCUUUCGUCCUUCCUUUCUUUCUUUCUUUCUUUCUUUCUUUCUUCCUUUCUUUCUUUCUUUCUUUCUUCCUUCCUUUCUUUCUUUCUUUCUUUCUUUCUUUCUUUCUUUCUUUCUUCCUUCCUUUCUUUCUUUCUUUCUUUCGUCCUUUCUUUCUUUUUUUCUUUCUUUCUUUCUUUCUUUCUUUCUUUCGUCCUUUCGUCCUUUCUUUCUUUCGCCUUUUCUUUCUUUCUUUCUUUCUUUCUUUCUUUCUUCUCUAAACGUGUUCCAUUCUUUCUUUCUUUCUUUCUUUCUUUCUUUCUUUUCAUCUUUCAUAUACCUUUUCAUCUUUUUCUUAUUCCCAUUACUACAGCUUUUUAUAGUUUUUCCAAUUCGUUAUCUAUUUUAUUUGUCUCUUGCCAUGCAACAUCUAUCUAUCUAUCUAUCUAUCUAUCUAUCUAUCUAUCUAUCUAUCUAUCUAUCUCAGUUUGUUCACAUCUAUCUAUCUAUCUAUCUAUCUAUCUAUCUAUCUAUCUUUGUUCAUCUAUCUAUCUAUCUAUCUCAUUUGUUCAUCUAUCUAUCUAUCUAUCUAUCUAUCUAUCUAUCUAUCUAUCUAUCUAUCUAUCUAUCAUUCAGUUUGUUCACAUCUAUCUAUCUAUCUAUCUCUAUCUAUCUAUCUAUCUAUCUAUCUAUCUAUCAUCUAUCUAUCUCUAUCUCAGUUUGUUCACAUCUAUCAUCUAUCUAUCUCAUUUGUUCACAUCUAUCUAUCUAUCUAUCUCAAUUUGUUCUCAUCUAUCUAUCUAUCUAUCUAUCUAUCUAUCUAUCUAUCUAUCUAUCUAUCUCAAUUUGUUCACUAUCUAUCUAUCUAUCUAUCUAUCUAUCUAUCUCAUUUGUUCAUCUAUCUAUCUAUCUAUCUAUCUAUCUAUCUAUCUAUCAUCUAUCUAUCUAUCUCAUCUCAAAUCUAUCUAUCUAUCAUCUAUCUAUCUAUCUAUCUAUCUAUCUAUCAUAUUUUCUUCUUCAAUUUGUUCCCAUGUCUCUAUCUAUUCACUAUUUAUCUAUCUCAGUCUGUCUCAAAUUGUUCAUCUCUAUCUAUCUAUCUAUCUAUCUAUCUAUCUAUCUUCUUCUAUCUUCUUCUUCUUCUUCUUCUUCUUCUAUCUAAUAAUUAUUCAUCUCAGUUUGUUCAACCCUGAGCCCUAUCUGAUUUUAUGGUAUGUUCCGCUUAUCUUUUCUAAAAAAAAAAAAAACUCAUCUAUCUAUCUAUCUCAAUUUGUUUCAAUCAAUCUAUCUAUCUAUCUAUUUUUAGAUUUCUAUCCUAUCUAUCUUCUUCUUCUUCUUUUCUUUUCUUCUUCUUCUAAAAUACUUUCAGAUCCUUCUUCUUCUUCUUCUUCUUCUUCUUUUUCUUAUGAACAUUUUUCUUCUUCUUUUUGA